AUGAAAAGAAGCAGUGAAAUGGAACGUAUGUACAAGGAGGUGAAACUUUCAUUAUUCGGUAGAUGUCAUGAAAAUGCGCGCGAACUGAUCAACAGUCAAGUGUCAAAUAAAUUAAAGAUGGCGACGCCGGCUGUAGUAGUAGAGCGGGCCUGCAAGUUCUACGGGAAUAAGAAUGGCAACGAUUACAAAGCAGUCCUCCAGAACUUGGACAUGAUCGUUGAAAGGGGCUCUAUAUAUGGCCUCCUUGGUGCAUCCGGUUGCGGUAAGACAACGCUACUGUCAUGUAUCGUGGGCAGACGACAUCUGGACAGCGGGGACAUCUGGGUAUUGGGCGGAAAACCCGGAGAAAAGGGCAGCGGAGUGCCCGGACCACGUGUUGGAUACAUGCCUCAGGACAUUGCACUGGUAGCAGAAUUUUCAGUACGAGACGCGCUGUACUACUUCGGUCGGAUCUACGGCAUGUCAGCACAACAACUCUCCCAGCGGUUCGACUUCCUCUCUAGUCUUCUGGAAUUGCCACCGGCGGAACGCUUCAUCAAGCAGCUUUCUGGAGGGCAGCAGAGGAGGGUAUCUCUCGCAGCGGCCUUAGUCCACGACCCUGAGCUUCUCAUAUUGGAUGAACCGACUGUUGGACUGGAUCCCAUGCUUAGAGAAAAAAUAUGGGACUACCUAUCAGAAGUAGCGUCAAGGGGAACUUCUGUCAUUAUAACCACGCAUUAUAUCGACGAAACAAAACAAGCGAACACGAUCGGUCUCCUGCGCGACGGACAACUACUUGCCCAGGAUUCGCCAAGCGAGAUUCUGCGGAGAUUCGAUAGUACCACUCUCGAAGAAGCCUUCCUCAAAAUGGCGCUGAUACAAAAUGAAAGCAAUAGAACGAAUAGACGACGAUCCACCCUAACUUCAUCCCCCGACGUAAUUCCUGAGAGCAGUAUAGCGGAUGACAGCAGGUUCCAGUCCACAGAAGAAUUUAAUGUUGUUACCAGUAGCCGAGAUGUUUUGACAAAGAAAGACAACGCCCUAGAUCUAAAAAGCAAAAGGAAAGGAAGGUAUAAAGCUGUGUUUAUAAAGAGUAUACAGCAGUUCGCAAGGCACCCUGGUGGGCUCAUGUUCUCUAUACUAUUCCCAAUGCUGCAAGUUAUGGCCUUCUUCAGCGCGGUGGGACGGGAUCCAAAAGGCCUCCACGUAGCCGUGGUUAACGAGGAGGCAGCUUCUUUACCAUUGGGCAUAGAUAUGUGCAAAAUGGACAAUCUGACACGAGUGGCAAUCAACGAAGAACAUAUAUGUGACUACUACAUGUUGAGUUGUUGGUUCGUUGACGAAAUGGAAAAUCGAGAUUUAGUUGUGAAUUACAUUAACUCAACGGAAGAAGCAAAGACAGCUGUCGCCAAUCGCCACACAUACGGUGCGGUGUAUUUCCCACUCAAUUUCAGUUCCUCGUUGUCUUUGCGAGUCGCCGAUGGCUACGUGGAAGAUGACGUGGCGAACGACAGCACCAUUACUGUUUGGCUCGACAUGACGGAUCAUCAAAUCUCGCAUUUCUUGAAAAGGACCUUCCUCAAAUCGUACGAGUCUUUUACUCAACGAACUAUGAGGGCUUGCGGUAUGAAUGAAGAUAUUGCCAAGUUACCAGUGCGGAUAAAAACUCCAAUCUUCGGCGAGCUGGAACCAGAAAUGGUGGCUUACAUGGCACCUGGUGUCAUGAUUACUAUUAUAUACUUUCUGCCAGCCAUCGUUACCUCCACCUUGAUGAUAUCAGAUCGACUAGAAGGAGUGUGGGAACGAAGCGCUGUGGCUGGCGUCCAACCCAAAGAGAUGCUGCACGUGCAUAUAACGCUACAGAGCUUCGUCAUAGUUUUGCAGACAAUAGAGAUGAUGGUUCUCGCGUUCCUUGGCUACAAUCUACCUUCGAAGGGUUCUCUAGUGACCUGCGGGCUUCUACUCUUCCUGCAGGGCAUAGGUGGAAUGUGCUACGGGUUCCUACUAUCCGUACUGUGCUCUAGCUUCACUGUGGCGUUCUUUAUCGCUACUGGAAGUUUCUAUCCUAUGAUAUUGCUUUGUGGUAUCCUCUGGCCGCUAGAGGGCAUGCCGACCGCCCUCCGCUACAUAGCACUGUCUCUGCCCUUCACGAUGCCGUCCAUGUCGUUACGAGAGCUGAUGAUGAAGGGUUCCAGCAUAACAGAAUACAAUGUGUACAUCGGCUUCGGCAUAAGCAUUGCUUGGAUCGCAUUAAUCCUAGCUAUAUGCUUCUUGAGGCUUAAGUUUAAGAAAUCGUAG